UUUCGUACCAUUACCUAGCAAAACUUACGAGUUAAACAAACUUUUAACGGAACUUCGAUUUUUCGUCAUAUCCUAUUACUUAUGAGUGUAGUUGUGCGGUAUAUAUUAAAAAAAAAUAGGGCGUGAAAAAGUUCAGCCAAUUAAAUUGGAAUUCAUGAAAAUUUUAAAUGAAAAUAUAUAUGGUUUUUAUGGAUUCGAUACUGAAACAAUAAAAAAUGUCUAGAAAGCGUGUUAGAGAAGAAACUAUGCUGAAUUCUACACCAUAUUCAGAUAUUCAAAAUGGGGAAAAUGCAUCCUGUUCUAAAGAAGAUUCUCCAAUUUAUCCUCUGGUGACAAUGACUUGGGGGACCAACAGGAAUUCGAAUAAUGAUUCAAGUCAAAUUUCACUAAAAAAACAUAAUAGUGAAAUUUCAAAUUACCACAAAGAACUUCCAUCAAUCUGUAAAGAAGCUCCUUUUAGUGAUGAUCCUGAAGCACUUGCGGAAAGAAAUGCAUGUGAUUAUAAUAUAUGUAUUACAUUAAAAAUGGCAAAAAAUGGCAAAGCACCAAGAAAAAUCAGAGUAUACGCAGAUGGUAUCUAUGACCUGUUUCAUCAAGGACAUGCAAGACAACUUUUACAAGCAAAGAAUAUUUUCCCUAAUGUAUACCUUAUUGUAGGAGUUUGUAACGAUGAAUUAACACAUAGUAAGAAAGGCAGAACAGUCAUGACAGAUAUUGAAAGAUACGAUGCUGUAAGGCAUUGUCGUUAUGUAGAUGAAGUAGUUAGAGAUGCUCCUUGGGAAUUGGAUGAUGAGUUUCUUACAAAACAUAAAAUUGACUUCGUUGCUCAUGAUGAUAUACCCUAUAUGACAGAUGAUAGCACAGAUGUUUAUGCAGCAUUAAAAGCUAAAGGCAUGUUUGUAGCUACACAAAGGACUGAAGGAGUAUCAACGUCAGAUAUUGUAGCAAGAAUAGUUAAAGAUUAUGAUAUAUAUGUAAGAAGGAAUCUUGCACGAGGUUAUAGUGCCAAAGAGCUUAAUGUUUCUUUCCUCAGUGAAAAGAAAUUCCGUUUACAAAAUAAAUUCGAUGAUCUGAAAGAUAAGGGUAAACGUGUCAUGGAGAACAUUGGUGAAAAACGUAUGGAUAUAAUAAGCAAAUGGGAAGAAAAGUCUCGAGAUUUUAUAGAUGCUUUCCUAUUACUAUUUGGCAGAGAAGGUAGAUUGUCGACAAUUUGGAAUGAAAGUAAAGGCCGUUUAAUGCAAGCACUAUCUCCACCAGCAAGUCCCAAAAGAGAUGGCAGUCCAAAUGGCAGUAAUAGCAGCAAUAAUGAUGAAGAUCAGACAAGUCCGCCACCGAAAAAGACUGGUCGUUACGAAUGUUCACGGAGUAAUUACUAUUUGAGUGAUGACUACAGCGACGAUGAAGAGGAAAAUUUACACUCCAAAUGAUAACCUGUGUUGUCAUAAUCGCAUUCUUCAUUCUGACCAAAAAUGUUGUGCAAUCUCCUUAAAAAUGUUUAGAAAUAUUUUCAUACAGCUAUGUGAUUUGCUGAUAUGGAUUGUAAUGCUAUGCUUGGUAGCCUUUCUUUGGUAUGAUUUCACACUGUCUACAACAUAAAAUUAUCUGUUACGACUUACGACAUAGAAACUAAAUCCGAUUAUGGAUUAUUAUAUAUAAAUUAGAAUAUGUAUUAUGCAUGAAUUACAUACAGAAAUCACAUAGAUUAUUUAUAACAUUUUCUGCAACUAUUUUCAAAAGUUUUUCAUUAUCAUUACUUGCAUUCUUAAUAAUAAGUUCCUAUGUUUUAAAGGAUACUUUAUUAUCCAAUUCGAAUUUUAUAUUUUAUUGAAGAAUUUACAAUAGUCAGAAAGUACUUUCAUACUUUAUACAGAAAAGUUUGUUUGAAAUGUUCAUUCGAUGAUUUUUAUUAAUAAUAAUUAUUUUAUUCUUAAUUUUAUAUAUAUAAUUUUUUUACAAGUUACCUCAUAAUUAAUUGUUUAAAUGUUAUAUAGAUGCAUAUAUUGCAAGCAAUGUUUCUGUUGCUGUAAACAUUAAGUUAUGCUAUAACUUAUGACUAAAGUAAUCAAUGGUACCAAAAUGUAAAGUAGCGAAAAAUUAAUGGAAUAAUAUAGAAACUUUAUUUUAGUGUACCAAGGAAAUUACAAAGGUGAAUAGUACAGAACAAAUUUAAAUGUAUUAUUUUUCAAAUGACUAAUUUAAUUAUGCAUUAUUUAUAAAGAAUAUGUUCGCCCGUUUUAAGUAUUCAAUAUUUUUUGAAAAAAAUAACUGUACAAGCAGAAAAUUUAUAGACUAUUUUUACCAUUAGAUAGUUGUGUGUAGUAGAAUAUUGAUAGGAUUCGAUUAAUAAAGGUUAAUCAAAAUCACUUAAAUAAGUAUUGUAACGUGAUAUCAAUAUAGAAACCGUGUUUUGAA